UUCGCCGCUUUUUAUGAUAUUAACUCCAAAGUUCAGCGCAGAUGCGUGAAGGGAGGAGUGAUCUGAGGAAGGAUGAAGGUGAUCCAUGUCCAACUCCGACCGUCUCUCACUCAUUUUCGGAUUUCUGUGGGGAAAGAGUUUGGAAUGAAGAGGAUUUUGCUGCGCGUCAGCAUCCAGAGAUGCCUGGAUUUUCAACAAGAUGGGCCAACCGACAUAAGGAAUACUGAUCAAUACUCAAGAUGGGCUGCUGUUCUACAAGUCAGAGUGCUGUCAGGGACAGGAUCAAUAAAAUACAUCACUGUUCUGAUCAAACAACUAAAAGUUGUCCUGAAUGUGACUGGAUAAAGAGGAAUUCUUUUCACUUAACAUGAUGGAAUCUAGUGUAUCGCUUUUUACGGAUUCCCUAGAACUGAUCCCUAACAACUAUGGCAACCACAGCAACAAGAGCUGGAGCAAUGACCCACAUGGUGGCAACCUGAGGCAUAACCAAACCCAGAGCCUCCAUUUCCACUUCCAUAGUGCACUCCUUGGAGUAUCUCUGGGCCUUCUCUCUCUCCUCACCAUCAUAAUGAACCUACUUGUCCUCUAUGCAGUGAAGAGAGAAAAGACUCUCCACACUGUGGGGAACCUGUACAUUGUUAGCCUAUCGGUGGCUGAUCUUAUCGUGGGGACGACAGUAAUGCCUCUGAACUUAAUGUAUCUGCUUGAAGAUGAGUGGAGGCUGGGACGUGCAGUGUGCCAGUUUUGGCUAAUCAUGGACUAUGUGGCCAGUACAGCUUCAAUCUUUAGCUUGUUUAUCCUGUGUUUGGAUCGGUACCGCUCAGUGAGGCAGCCUUUGAAAUACCUCAAGUAUCGAACACGCGGAAAAGCCAGCUUGAUGAUAUCUGGAGCCUGGUUACUCUCAAUGAUGUGGAUUAUUCCCAUUUUAGGAUGGAGGUCUUUCACACAUGUGGACCUUAAACCUGAGGAGGAGAACAAAUGUGACACAGACUUUCGCUUCGUAACAUGGUUUAAAGUUAUAACAGCGGUUUUCAACUUUUAUGUCCCCUCAAUUUUGAUGCUGUGGUUUUAUACACAUAUUUAUCUGGCUGUGAGGCAGCAUCUAAGAGACAGAGAGAGAAUUAUUCAUCCAGCAGAUUCAUUUGGGGAAAAUGAGAAUGGAGGCAAUGCGCCAAGCCCUAAAAGAUAUGACUCCAAAUCACCCCAGAGCGAGACAGAGGCCUCCCUGAAACAAUCCAAAAAAGACAGACAUCUGGACCGAAACACUCUUGACCAGAGAUAUUCCCUUGAAGAUGGUGAGAGAACUAAAGCUGCUUCAUUUAGAACUAACAGAAAAAUAGGUGUGAAUUGCCAACAGACGUCACUGCUUUCCAUGACAACAAAACACCUCAGAAUAGCACGCAAGGCUAAAACUGGUUCACUGCCUCCAGAAGAGAAGCAGCCAGACUCAGAGAUUCCCCUGAACCGGCCGUCUGUGCCACGGGAUACGACAUGUUCAGUUGGAAAUAAUGAUAUCAAGCAUCAAGCCUCUCUCAAUGAAUGCCACGUCACUGUGACAAACUCUCUGAGCGGUGUCUGCGGUAUCAGUCCAGUGUCAGAUGUGCAAAGGUACACAAAUGUUCUCUGCAACAGCUUUGACCCGAGCCAGGCUCUUCCAUGGCCUGAGGAAGGGGUUGAGGAUGCCAGGAUAGACCCAGAGGAUGGAGUGACUCUGAAACAGGCAUGGCAUAGGUUUAUAGACCAGUCACGACAUCGGAUUCAAAGUCUGAGAAUCCAUAAAGAGCACAAAGCUGCCAAGCAGUUAGGAUUCAUAAUUGCUGCCUUCUUAUUAUGUUGGAUCCCUUACUUUAUUGUGUUCAUGGUCAUGGCUUUUUGUCCAGAGUGCGUCCAUGACGACCUUCAUAUGUUCACCAUCUGGCUUGGUUACAUCAACUCUACUCUAAAUCCUUUCAUAUACCCACUCUGCAAUGGUAACUUUAAACGUGUCUUCAAAAAUAUUCUUAAGAUUAAUUGGUGA